UUUCACUAUGAUGCUAAAGUUGCUUAAUGAAGCAAUGCCCAAAGGUGUUGAGCUUCCAAAGUCACAUUAUGAGGCAAAGAACAUGUUGCGUGAAUUAGGUUUUGGGUAUGAAGUGAUACAUGCUUGCAUAAAUGAUUGUAUUUUAUUUUUGAAAGAAUAUGAAAAUAAUGAGUUCUGCCCUCGGUGUGGUGAGUCUAGAUACAAAUCUCAUGAAGGCAAGGGUAAAAAAAUACCACAAAAGAUUCUUAGAUACUUUCCUUUGAAGAGCAGGCUUCAGAGGUUGUUUAUGUCAAGAAAAAUAUCUUCAGAUAUGAGGUGGCACAAAGAGAAACGUGUUAAGGAGACUAAUAUAUUCAGACAUCCCGCAGAUUCUAUGACUUGGGAGAAAUUUGAUAUAAGACAUCCUUGGUUUUCAGCGGAACCUCGUAAUGUUAGACUUGGUCUAGCAAGUGACGGAUUCAAUCCAUUUAGCAACAUGAGUAAUUCAUAUAGCAUGUGGCCAGUAAUGGUUUUUCCAUAUAACUUGCCACCUUGGAAAUGCAUGAAAGAACCAUAUUUGUUUAUGUCAUUACUUAUUCCUGGACUGAGAUCACCAGGGAAGGAAAUUGAUGUGUACUUGAGACCGUUGAUCGAUGAGUUAAAAGAGUUAUGGGUGGAUGGUGUAAUGACUUAUGAUGCUUCUACUAUGUGUACUUUUAGAUUGCAUGUGGCAUUAUUAUGGACAAUAAAUGAUUUUCCAGCAUAUGGAGAUUUGUCUGGUUGGGUCACAAAGGGAUACAUGGCAUGUCCUGUUUGUAACUUUGAUGCAUCUUCAAUACGUUUGGAGCAUGGGAAAAAGAUUUGUUGGUUUUGCCAUCGUCGUUGGCUGCCACUAGACCAUAAAUGGCGAAAUUUAUACAAACAGUUUGAUGGUAACAAAGAAAGGAGGUCACCACCUAAAGAAUUAACUGGUGAUGAGUUGAUUCAACAGUUGCUUCAAAUUAGGUUCGCCGACUUGGGAAAAGGACCGACCAACAAAAAGAGGAAGCGUACCAAAUCCGAGUUAAAUUGGACUAAGAAAAGCUUAUUUUUUGAAUUGUCAUAUUGGCAAGGCCUCAAACUGAGACAUAAUCUGGAUGUUAUGCACAUAGAAAAAAAUAUAUGUGAUUAUAUAUUAGGGACAUUAAUGAACAUUGAAGGAAAGACAAAAGACACAAUGAAAUCUCGUUUGGAUUUGCAAUUAAUGGGUAUAAGAAAAGAGUUGCAUUUUACUCCUAGUGGCAAUAAGUUUCUUAUGCCCCUGGCAUGUUAUACAUUAUCUACUGAUAAGAAAAAGAGCAUAUGUGAAUGGUUGAAGGCAGUAAAGUUGCCAGAUGGGUAUGGUUCCAAUAUAUCUCGGUGUAUUCAUAAAAAUAAUCGUACUAUAUCAGGUUUGAAAAGUCAUGAUUGUCACGUACUUCUCCAGCGUCUUCUUCCGGUUGCUAUUCGUGGACACAUGUCCGAUAAUGUAUGUAAUGCAUUGGUUGAACUUGGAUUAUUUUUCAAAGAGUUGUGUUGUAAGACGUUGAAACUAGAAGUCUUAGAGGCACUUGAAAAGGAUAUUGUAUCCAUACUUUGCAAGCUUGAGAUGAUCUUCCUACCUUCAUUUUUUGAUGUGAUGGUUCAUCUAGCUGUUCAUUUACCCCGUGAGGCCAUUAUUGCUGGACCAACACAAUAUCGAUGGAUGUACCCCAUUGAAAGAUUUCUACGAACUUUGAAACAAUAUGUUCGCAACAAAGCAUGACCUGAAGGUUCAAUUGCCGAAGCUUAUGUUGAUAGUGAGUGUGUUGCAUUUUAUUCAUUGUACCUUCGAGGGGUGGAGACACGUUUCAAUCGAGAGGAAAGGAAUUUUGACAAAGGGCAAACCCAGAAGUCAACAAGUUUUUCUAUAUUCACGCAGAAUGUUCGCCCCUUAGGGUAUGGAAAUUAUGAAAUAAUGGAUUCUGCAAAUCUCGAAAAGGCGCACUUUUAUGUGCUUAACAAUUGUCCAGAAGUGGAGCCAUUCUUAGGGUAAGUGAAUUGGAGAUAUUAUGUUAUUUAAAUUCAAUUAUUAUUAUUUAAAACAUUGACAUUCUUAUGUAGAAAGCACAUGGAAGAACUAAAGAGACAAGAUCCUAACAACGUAGUUGUGAGGCAUUCAAAACAAUUUACUAAAUGGUUUGAA